UUUGAUCGGUAACUCCGCGGUCACACUGCUGGCUAUCGCCGCAGUUUAUUUACCAAAUUUGUUUAGAUGUUUUUUCUAUUAUCCUCUGUGCUGUUUGCUUGUUAACCGGCGUGCAGAUUAUAGUUACGCCCUUUGUGGGACCAUACUCCAAUGUAAUAUGCGUGUCUGUCAGCUCGCCGUGGCCGUCGGCUGCCUGCACGUGCUCCUCAGCUGCUCGGCCAGCAAUCAUUGGGUGCUGAAGGAAGACGAAAUUACCCAAAAGCUGGACUCGCCCUUUCACAUGCGCGAGCCCCAGAACCUGAUUGCCUUCCUGGAGCAGAUACGCUACAAUGAGUACGUUGAGCGCUCCUACCUGGACCUGUUGCGAAAGCGGGAACAGAUUGUCGAGCACUUGCGCUUCUCCAUGCGCUUCGGGGAAGACCUGGCCGAGCAGGCCAAGUGUGCGAUGGACUACUACAUGCUGGAGAAGCGAAUGUCCUAUCUGAAGAUCACACCCGAUCAACUGAAACGCAUCAAUCUGCCGGAGCAGAGCGACGUGAAUCAGCCGCACGGAAAGUCUGGCACUGGGACAAAACAACGUACCCUGGAGCCCAUCUGCAGCAACUAUCAUAAGCUGAGUGUUGGCCCGGCCACCUACGACCAUCUCGAAAGCUUCCAGCCAAAGAUUAUGGACUCGGCAUACGUGGAGCGGGAGCAUGACACCAAUAUCGGGACGGCUACCGUCGAACUGACACGACGGUUUGCCGUUGACGGACUGCAGCAUCAUCCGGCGUCAUGGAAAUUCCACACGCUCAGCUCCUACUACUGGCGCAUGCGAGGCAAUGCUCGCGAGGCUCUGCCCUGCGCCCGUCUGGCCACAUUGCUGGCCCCGCCCAUCUUCAAGGACAUACCGCUGCUCAGUCUGGGCACAAUACUCUUUCGCAUGGGUCGCCUGAUCGAUGCCGAUCUAAUACUGACGGCUGCCGUCGAGCAUGCCCCCAGGGUGGCGGAGAAUCAUGUGGUACUCGCCUCAGCGCUGGCCAUGAAGCAUGACUUCAAUCGGUCCCUGCAGCACUUUGAUGAGGCCGAACGCCUCGAUCCCAGCACCCUGCCGCGCACCCAGCAAGUGCGCAACUUCAUCAGCUGCCUGGAGAAUCUCACCAAGAAGACCUCCAAAAUGUACAGCUACGUGAAGUACAUGAAAAACGAGGUGAAGGAGUUCAAGAAGCUCAAGUUUCAUAUAUCCCAGAACCAUGAGCGACUCGUGCAGCAGCAGCUGCCGCUGGGUGCACGGCGCUUCCUCGACUCAAAGUCCAGCAACGAUGAUCUGCAUCGUCGGGGCCAAUACUGCAGUACGCGCACACCCAACGGCUCCGACGAGCCGGUGCUCUUCUGUGAUUUCUACUCGGACAUGCAGAUGCGGCUGGAGAGCAAGGACGUGGAUAUCGAUGUGCUCGAGCGGGAUCUGAAGGCCAACACUGAUGCGGUUAUUCGGCAGGUGUCGACGGAAAUACGCAAGCAAUUCAAUCUCGAACAGCUGAAGGCAGCCAAGGCCCAAAUGCCCGCCAAGGCGACAAAAUCAACGUAGAAAAGCAACCGAAGACGGGUAGAGCAGAGGAGCGGAGCGGAGAGGAGACCACCAAAUGCAUUCCCUAACAACAAGUAGCAGUAGUAGUAGUAUAUAUAUAUAUAUAUAUAUAUAUAUAUAUUUCGGAUCACAAAUUAGUUUUUAAUCUGUUCAAUAGUAUUUACGACCGUGUGUGUGUCUGUCCCUGUGUGUGUGGCUGGGAACAUUUAUGUGUACAUAUAUUGAUAAAGAUAUUCAAUAAGUCAUCAAUCAGGUAAUAGCUUAUUAAUCGGCAUCUAAGGCUAGGCAUGUAAGAUGAGUCUGAAUUUUUCACAUACCCCAAUGCUCUCGUGCAUUUGAAUAUUCGAUCAAAGGAGAGCACAGCGCGCAGAGCCGUGACUAAGUAUCGCGCGUCUUAUGUUACGAUUAGGCAUAUAAAGAUUUAUAUAUAUAUAUGUAUGUAUGUAUGUAUAUUUUUUUCGUUUCGUUUCAUAUUUUUUGUACACAUAAGAGCAGCCAGUAAGUUAUGCAUUAAAC